UCUUAUCCUUUUUAUAAUAUGGGACUUUUAAAGAUUUGGAAUGUAGUUGAAUAUCAUUAAGAAAGUGGGUGAAAUUGGGUUUUCUAUCUUUCCAUUUAAUUUCAUGUAUUUGGGAUUUGCUGAAAAUGAUAAAAACAGCUCAAUUUGAGCCAACUUUCCUCCAUAAAAAGCUUUGUUUUGUGUUUGUUGUCUGGAGUGCAUGUGUGUGUGUGCGUGUGUGUAUAAAUCAGACAGACUAUACGUCAUCCUGUAGUCAGCCAAUCAGCGUGGCAGGCUCUGACCCAAACACGGAAGUAGCUGGGAAACGGAUGCAAAAGCAAAAAGUUGAUUUAGGUUAUAUUGUUUACUGGAAAUGUCUCUCUCUUGGGUUCACGUUGCGGUUUUAUCGUUUGCUGUCGCCCUUGCUGCCAUAAUUGGACACAAUCUGGCCAUGCCGCUGCCCUCUCUGCCGGGUGUAUGCGGCAGUGUUGCCGGUGUGUUCUCUCUGGCCGGGAUGGCGGUCCUCUGGAGGGACAUCAGCUCCAAGAUGAAAGGUGACAGCCGGACGCUGAGCUCUCUGCUCGGCCAGUACUUGGCCGUGAAGGGUGUGGGCUGGCUGGGCAGGAGGCAGAGGAAGAAACUGGAAGCAGAUACUCUCAAUGUGAAGCAGGUCCAGGAGGAGACUCUGCUGAAGCGCCUGCGCAAAAACGCAAACACAUGUUAUGGAAGACAGUAUGACUUCAACUCAAUUAAAGACAGCGAUGGCUUCCGGGCGUGUCACCCCAUCACCACGUACGAGCACUACCGCGAGCUCAUCAGACGCAUCGCGGCGGGAGAGGAGAAGGUGAUCAUCGCUGAGAAGCCGCUGAUCCUGGCCAUGACCUCGGGGACUUCGGGAGCCAGCGCCAUGCUGCUCAGCACCAAGGACACCAGCACUGAGUUCUUCCUGCAGGGAGUGACCGUGUGUUUGGAUGCCAUGGGAAGAGCAUUUCCUACGACCGACAGCCUUCAGCGCACCACUAAGUUCUUCUACUCGCCUACAUUUCGCCAGUCUGAGGCCGGUAUUCCCAUCGGACCAAACUCCUCCACGCCAGCCUCCUCCCGCCAUAUGCUCAACCUCUACACCACCCCAGCACCCGCCUUUGAGGUUCCCAGUGAGAAGGACACCCUCUACCUGCAUCUCCUGUUUGCUCUCAAAGAUCCCACCGUAGGAACACUGGAGUCCAACUUUGCUUCCACAGUCUUCUAUGCUUUCAGUGCUUUACAGGAUCGCUGGCGGGAGCUCGUUGACGACAUUGAACAAGGGAAGGUCAGCGGCGCUCUGGCUCUGGAGCCCAAAGUGAGGUCCAGGCUCGAGGCUCUGAUGAAGCCGGACCCACAGAGGGCCGCUCAGCUCCGGGCCCACUUCCAGGACGGCUUCCGUGGGAUCGCCAAGCGGCUGUGGCCUCACCUCCACCUGGUGCUGGCAGUGGACUCAGGCUCCAAUCAGAUCUACGGGGAAAUGUUGAGGGAGAACUACUGCCAGGGAGUGCCUUUCUAUUCGCCUUUCUACGCUGCCACUGAAGGUCUAAUAGGGGUGAACCUGUGGCCUCAGGAGCCGAACAGACGCUACCUGCUGUGUCCUCGUUCGAUGUUCUGCGAGUUCCUGCCAGAGAGCAGCCUGGAGGAGGAGACGCCUCACACCCUGCUGAUGGAGGAGGUGAAAGAGGGACAAAACUAUGAGCUCGUCGUCACAAACGCUUCAGGACUCUUCAGAUAUCGCGUUGGAGACAUUGUGAGAGUAGUUGGAUUCCAUAACCAGUGUCCCGUUGUUGAGUUUCAGUACAGACGGGGUCAGAUGUUAAGCGUUAGAGGAGAGAAAGUGUCCGAGGCGUUGUUCCUCGAUGCUCUGAAGAAAGCUGUUGCUCAGUGGCCGGGAGCCCAGCUGGUCGACUACUGCUGUGCUGAGAGCGGCAUCAUGGGAGAUUCGGCAGGCGUUUCAGAUCCUCAUUACCAGGUCUUUAUCGAGCUGAAAGGUGUGAGAAACCUCACAGAGGAACAACGAUACAAGUUGGACAUCUGUCUCCAGCAGGACUCGGCCGUCUACAAGUCUUUCCGUAUCAAAGGCAGCAUCGGACCGAUGAGGGUGCAGCUGAUGGCGAAGGGUGCAUUCAAGGAGCUCCGCAAACAGAUGAUGGCCUUCUUGAACACCUCGCCCAACACCUUCAAAAUGCACAGAGUACUGCGCAGGAAAGAAUACACUGACUUCCUCUUGGGAAAAACCGUCUCCUGAAACCUCCCGUUGUUGUGGAGAAAGAGACAAAGCUUGUGGACUCUGACUGUGGUGAGCGCUGACUGAAUGAAAUGUUUUUUUUUUAUCAACUGCUCAUGAAUGAGUUGAUUAAUUGUGCCUUUGGGAACUCUUAAACACAAAAAACACAACAUUAUUUAAUUUGACAAUUAAAACGUUCAUUUGACUGAUUUACUUCCUCGAUCAUAUUUAUAAAUAUAGAAGUGAAGCGUUAAACUGUUACCGUAGUUGAAAUGAAAUGUUUCGGGAUCUCAUCAAUGGCUACAUAAAUGAAUCUAACCAGGGUUUCAUUUAGUUGCCUUAUCAGUAGUACCAGAGCUUUUAAAUGAUGCUGUUUGUAAAGAUGCUGUUUGCAUUGAUGCACAUUUUUACCUCCACCAAGGAGGUUAUAUUUUCGGUUUGUUUGUUGGUUUUCUCAGCAGGAUAAUGGGAAAUCUACACGCCCGAUUUUCAUGAAACUUGGUGGACGGGUGUAGCAUGGGUCACGGAAGAACCCAUUACAUUUUGGAGCGGAUCCAAAUCACGGGUCGGAUACACGCAUUAUUUUUCACUUAUGGAAACGGCCUUGGCGGUUAUCUUUUCAAAUGAUACCAUCUGGUGUUAUUGAAUGUUGCGGCGACGCCACAUCCACAUUGUCCUAUAAGUGCAGUCACCUGUGAAGAUUAAAGCAACAUUUGGCAAGAGUUAUAUCUAAAAAUAAAUCUCUCUUGUAUGCUCUAAAUCAUGGAGCGGGGCUCAAAUGCAACAGAGAAAAUCAUCCUACAGUAAACCCUCUUAUUUAUGAACAAUACAUUUAUGAAACAUAAUUCUGGUGUAGAUUGUGAUCUCCUGUAAAAAUCAAAGUGAGCGAGUAAAAGUGCAAUUAAAGUUUAACAUAAUCAGCAAAAGCA